AUGGCGACGGUGUAUAGCGGGAGGCUAAAUAUAUCCGGCACGGAACAAGCUGUAGCUGUGAAGAGAUUCAAAGACGAAAUCGCCGGCAGUGUCGCAGUGACUGAGAUCCUGAUUGCUGAAAUUCGAGCACUGGCCCUGACUAAACACCGCAACUUAGUUUGUUUGUUGGGGUACUGCUGGGCUCCAAGGGCCAUGGCUUUGGUUAUGGAGAUGAUGCCGAAUCGAACCUUGGCAGAACAUAUUCAAGAAAAGACACUGAGCUGGAGCGUGUGUUUGAGAAUUGCACGUGGCGUGGCUGAGGGAUUGAAGUACCUUCAUCAUGAAUGUCCGCAGCCAAUUUUACACUGCGACUUAAAACCGUCUAACAUCUUGCUGGGCAUGGACUUCGAGCCCGGGAUCGCCGAUUUCGGGAUUUAA